CCUCGUUUUUGACGCGCGACGCAUGCUGGGAAAGUGCGAGGCAGGCCGCCCGGCCCACAGUCGGUCUGCACGCACGCACGCCCGCCCGCUUUCGUCGCCGUCAUAGGCGACCUCGUCGGCCCUCCUCCCCCACCCUCAGCAAAGCUCCAGAGGCCGGCUGGGAGUCGUACGAGCUUGACUUGGGCCACCACCAGUGAGUUGCAACUCCUCCGGCCCUGUGCAGGAGUCCCUCCCCCGCGUCAUGGAAGCUCUCGUCGAGCGCGUCAAGGUGUAGCGGGACGAACGAGUCGCCAUGGAGCCUGACGUCAUCCGGCUGUACUCGUCGUCCCCGCCCCCCAUGGAGGACGCGGAGGAGGAGGACGACGAGUUUGGCGACUUUUCAUCUGUGUCGGCCGGCGAGCCGGAUGCGCCCGGCCUCGCCUCCUUCGCCACCCCGCCGCUGGAGCUCUUCAACGGCGUGCCGGUCGCACGCCGCGACGUCAAGGCCAACGGCGUGGCUCCCGGAAGCCAUCUGGCGCCCGUCGGAAGCCGCGACCGGUCGGUCGUGAACAGGCCCGACUGUCAUGUGGCGGGCGGCGACGGCGAGAUCAUCACAAACGGAUUCGCGUCCUCGGACGUGGAGUCGGGUCCGCAAACAUUUGUCAGCUGCCACGACAAUGCCGAAGGGGACGCUGGCGGUUCUGAGGCGGACUUUGCUGAUUUUGCCGCUUUCUCGCACUCGGGACACCACCGGGGAUGUGCUGCACACAGAACUGCCGCUCAGCCGGACGGCGAACAAAGUGACUGCGCCGCCGGUGGCGAGCGGGGCGCCGGUGGCGUCCGCUGCCAAGCUAGCAAUGGCAUUCGUCUCGAUCUUGACCACGUCGGCGUUGAAUGGAUCACUGUCGACGACACGAGCGUCGACGACAAUAGCGUCGACGACAAUAGCGUCGACGACAAUAGCGUCGACGGCACGAGCGUCAGCGACGCAGGUCCUGACGGUGUCCGUGUCGACGGCGGUCCCGAGGGCAACGCCGGUGUCGCCGCCGCCCGCGUCUCGACCUCAGACACGGAGACGUCGUUAGGCCGGCCGCUGUCCACGGACGGCCUGGAGGAGUACGGCGACCUGAGCGCGACCGGCUCGCCGCCCCUCUUGCGGGAAGAGAACGCCACCCUUGCCGACCGCAGCCAGCUAGACGAGGACGACGAGGAAUUUGGGGACUUUGGAGACGCGGGCCCGUUCGGCGAGCAGGCCUUUGCCGGCUCGAACUGCCGCGAAGCCUGCGAUGACUUUGGCGACUUCAAAGCCCCCAAAGCUGACGCCGAUGAAGAGGGAGGAGCCGCCUUCGGCCAUUUUGCAGCCGCCGAUGCCAGAUGGAGCACCUUCGGAGAGGAGACGGAGGGCGCCUUGGCCUCCGCCGAAGCGUCGUGGGCGCCGUUUGGCUCGGACGACGUCGCCUCAGAGGCCCAGACCUCCGCCGUGGAGCAGGAGGGCAGUAGACGCUCGGAGACACCGUGGACUCGAGUGGAGAAGUUGUUGGAAGCGAGCUUUCCCCGGGCCGCAGAUGCCGCCGCCUCCCCCGAGGAGCGGGUGGCCUCGCUCAAGACGCUUCUGGAGGCCGCCGGCAGCGCGCUCGGUGGCGGCGUGUGGCCGCGGCUGCGAGAUGUCCACCAGGCGGUGGGCCUCAGGCAUCAGUGGGGCGGCUCCUACUGCAACAAAACGCUGCUGGCCUGCCUCGGCAUCGACACGCGCAACAUUCUGUUCACGGGACAGAAGAAGCAGCCGCUCAUCGUGCCCGUCUACGCCGCCAGCCUGGGCAUGUUGGAGCCCACCAAAGAGCCAGCCAAGCCCGUCUCGGCGGCAGAGAUGAUCGCUUCCAUUGCGCAAGCGGCAACGGCGGCUCAGGGCCCCUCGGAUGGCGUCCAGGAGGCGCUCCCGCCCGUCCAGUUCGACUGGAGCAGCAGUGGCCUUACCAAUCCUUUGGACGCCAGCGGCGGCUCCUUCCUGCUAAACCUGGACUUCUUCGGUUCUGUCGACGAUUCCGGCUCGUCCUGCUCGGCCGCCAUCCCAGGUGUGGACCCCGAGCUGGUGGAGCUGACCACGGCCAAGAUGGACUCGGGCGGCGCCGGCAGCCGCGUGGCAGACGCCUUCGCCCGCCUCAUGUCCACCGUGGACAAGACCAGCACCUCCACCAGGAGGACGCGUAAGGACGAGAAGCUGAGCACGGAGGCGGCCGAGGUGAUCUGCGGCCUUCCCGACCUGUCCUUCAUGACGGCCAAGGUUCUGAUGUUCCCCGCCACCCUGGUGCCGCUCUCCGCUUCGGCCACUCCUGACUGAAGCGCGCUUCGUGCGCACAGGCCGCCUGCUGGCAUCGCUCGGCCCUUGUUUUCUUUCCCCCCCCCCCCCCCUCCUUUCUUUUUGGAUUGAAGGCAUUUAUCGUGGCAGAGGAGGUGUGGGACUGCUGGCUCUUUCCACGUUGGCGGUGUGCGUGUGUGUAUAUAAUCAGGGAAGGAAAACUGGAGUUGAUUAUCGCUAUCCGACCGACCGACCAAUCAAUCUGUUAUCAAUCCACGCAUCUAUUUAUGGACUUUGGCUGCACUGCCCGCUGCUGACUUUGUCACUUUGAAAGGGCCAGUUGGCGUGUGUUGCGCGCCCUGGUUCCCAACACUGACGCCGUGGCAAUGAAGGGACCAAGGAGUGUGCGCGCACCUCAAGAUACAUUGUCGAUGUAAGAUGCAGGAAUAGUUCUUAUGGAAGAAAAUAGCACCCAAGUGUGUGUGCGUGUGCACUUGACUUUUAGUCUACACGAAUUAAAGUAAUUUAAGAGAAAAAAAA